GGGCGCGCAGAGGGGUUCACGAGCGCUGCUGGGCCCGUCAUGGCUGCGGCUGCGGCGCGGUCGGUGCGUCGAGGAGCCGCUGGCGUCGCCCAGGGGCUGCUGCGCGGAUGGGCGGGGCGCAAAGGAAGCGGCAGAGAGGUUUUUGAAAAGUUAACUGUUUUAAGAAGAGGCCUUACACUGUCAUUGGGGACCUUUGUGGGUUAUGAAGCUUAUAAUUUGAUUUCUUGUGUUACUGAAGUGCACGCAAGUUUCAAAGCUGAAGAAAUCUUAGACCAAGCAGACUACCUGUAUGGGAGUGGGGAAACUGAAAAGCUCUAUCAGUUGCUGGUCCAACACAAAAACAGCGAGGAUGCGGAAUUACUGUGGCGUCUGGCACGAGCAUCUCGCGAUCUAGCCCAGCUUAGUAGAACAUCUACAGAGGAGAAAAAGCAACUGAUUUAUGAAGCUCUUGAAUAUGCAAAGAAGGCACUAGAAAAAAAUGAGGCAAAUUUUGCAGCCCAUAAGUGGUAUGCUAUCUGCAUCAGUGAUGUUGGGGAAUACGAAGGAAUUAAAGCAAAGAUUGCAAAUGCUUUUGUUAUCAAGGAACAUUUCCAGAAAGCAAUCGAACUGAAUCCCAAAGAUGCUACUUCAGUUCACCUUAUGGGCAUUUGGUGUUACUCUUUUGCUGACAUGCCAUGGUACCAAAGCAAAAUAGCUGCAGUGCUAUUUGCUACACCACCAAGCUCCACCUAUGAAGAGGCCCUUCACUACUUUCAGAUGGCUGAAAAAGCUGAACCAAACUUCUACAGUAAAAAUUUGCUGUAUCUAGGGAAGACAUACUUGAAGUUAAACAACAAAAAGAUGGCCCUAUUGUGGUUAACAAAAGCCAAGGAAUAUCCAGCACACACAGAGGAGGAUACACAGGUACAAAAAGAAGCUGUGGAACUGCUCAAUUCUAUAUGACAAUAACUAAAAUACUAAGAAUCAAAUAAAUUGUUUUCCUUUAAUUGGACUAAACCAGAGGGAGAACAAAAUUGGACCCAUUCCACUUGUGGCUGUUAAUAAAGCUAGUUGCCUGAACACCAUAUAUCUUCAGGUAGAAGCUGCUGUCAACUAAUACGUAUUUGCAUUUUAUUCUGUAUGUACUAAAUGGGGUUUAGUGCCUGUUGCUUCAGUACAGUCGUAUUGGAUGGGAACAAUUUUCAAAAUGGAUUCUGUAGAAUGAUACUGUUCUUAAUGUAGCUCAAGAUACCUUUGUGUUCUGGUAGCAUCUUCAUGAGCCAUCAGGAUAGGUCAGUGGUUGUCAACCGGGGAUACACAUACCCCUAGGGGUACUUACAAAGGUUGUAGGGGGUAUGCAGAACUGAUGUGACCAAUAAUGUGGCCAAUUAAAAGUUGCAUGUGUGCAUGCAGCCACAGUGCUACAUGCAGGCAGCUAGGAUGCAGCCCAACAGCGUGGAGAGCAGCUGGGUCGGCUGGUAAGUUUGUUGUGAGGGAAAGGGUGUGGGGGAGGGAAUGGGGCUGCCCAGCUGGAGCGGGGUGGCUUGCACCGCCAUGUGCAACCCGGGAGUGCAUGAGGGCCGUGUCCCUGGAGCUGUGUGUGGGGUGGGGUGGGCUGCUGCUGCAAGUUGAAGCUGGGUCUGUGCUGGGCUGUUCCCGGCGGGGGUGUUAGGCUGGGCUGCGCUCAGGGCAGGUGGUGGCAGCACUUGGGGAGGAGGACCGGGGUGGGGAGGGCUACAGUGAAUUCUGGAGUGGCUGCAGCCCCCCCAGUGGCACUGUUGCCCACCUCAAGCGGAGCCUGCCCAGCCCCCUGCUGGGAACAGCCCAGUGCAGCCCCGCCCCAUGCACAGAAUCAGGGGCACAUCCUCCCCCCAUGCCCUCCUGCUGUGCGCAUAGUGGGAGGAGCUGCCACCCACUCCCUCGAGUGAACCGCUUGUGGCUCCAUCCCACACUCCACCCUGACUGUACAGCCCCAGCCCCACUACCUCCCUCACCGCAGGGGCUUCAAUCUGCACCCCCCUCCCCACACGUAAAAACAAGGAAAAAAAUAUAAAGAAAUACAUGAACUGAAACUGAGACAGGAGGGUUACACUUGUUGAAAACCCCUGGGAUAGGGGUUCUACGCAGAUGUAGACAUGUUCUCACCCCUGAACCCAUAAGCCAAACUCUUAAAAAACAUUUUUUUUAAAAAUGGUAUAUGGAUUUUUUUCUGGAGGGAGGUUGUAGAGCCAGGCAUUUGCAAGUUUAUACACGUUUUGUUUUGUUUUAAGUUGUAUUUUCAACAUUGCAUGGUCAUGAUACUUUACUGAUAGCUGGCUCUUUUAAAAACAAUGAGGAAGAAGAGAUACUAGUAGCCUUAUGUGCACUGGUUCAGAGGAGAAAUUUUGUGCAUGAAAGGGUUGGGGAAAUGUUGAAGAGCCUGUACAUGGCAUGGAGGAGGAAGAGGAAGAGAGAUUUGAAAAAGAAUUUAUGAUAAAUGGAAUAGUGAAGGAAGCAGAUCUGUGAAGAUUUUAAAGGUUUGAUACUGAUUUUUCAAAGUAAAAUCACUGGGAUGAUCCAGUAUCAGUCUGGGUGGCACCUUAAACCUAAAAUAUGAUACUGUACCACUUCCAUCCUUUUAUUGCAUCAUGGCAGUUCCAGUCUAAUAAGAGGCUUUUUACCUGCAGUUACAUUGUGUGUCUUUUGGGUGCUGGGAUAAAACAUGUUUACUGUAUAGUAAACUGACUUUACUAUGGGGAACAGACAUGAUGCGCAGCAUAGGAUCAGGAACACAAUCAAUGUGUUCAAUUUCAUAAUCAACAGAAUUCAAACCUGUGCAGGGAAACCCCAGUGAAAUUAAGAUCAAUCGCCUUAACCACAUGGCCACAACUGCCAGGAGCACACUGAAGUAAAUCCUUUGAAUCCAAGGUAAAGUUACCCCUUGAAAGCUAUGUAGUAUUUUUAGUAACUUCCCAUGUAUUAUGUGGAACACGUGCAUCCCACCAUCCACUCUAGUUUGCUUCUCAGUGAGUCAUUUGCUCAGUGCAAACUGCCUACCUGCCAUCUAAUGGCCAGCUGCUUAAAUAGCACUCACUGCAAGCAGCUAGCUUGGGUGAAUUGAUCUUUUUACUAAGGAGAAAAAUCUGAGGUAAAUUAAUUUUAUUGCAUGUCCACCAUUAGUUAGAGACACUAAUGAUGGCAUACUAAAAAGUAACUACUGCAGCAUUUGUCUGGGGCUUCUGGUACUCAAGAAUGAGAAGUGAAGUUUUGGCCCUGGUUCUUGACUACCAUUUGGCAGCUGAAGCUCUGGGUUGGAGAAAAGAAAAAUUACUUUUUUCUUACUUUCACUACUUGAGCAGAGGUUAGAAUGUCUUACUAAUAUCUUAUUGGCAGCUAACUGCACUCUCCCAGUGGAACUGUAACUAAGAAACUUAGCUGCAUUUUUUCAGUGAAACAAACACAACACAGUCUUUAACAGGCUUGACAGUUAAGGCAUCUUCAUCAGACUUCGAAUUUUAUUUGCUGAGAUCAGGUCCAUCAACUUUCACCCCUGUGCACCAAAUGCAACAAACAACUGAUGCGGCCUGACGUGCUAUAGCAGACUGCUAAUAGCAGUUUACGUAUGUUCUUCUUCUGCAUACCUACUAACAAACACGUGCUUUUAGCAGCUGCUUUUUACCAUGGGUAGUAGUGGUCUUAUUUCACUUUUACAGUAAGGGAAGUGUGAUACAGAAAAAUUGAAGCCAAACUACCUUUCAGAAUCCAAUAUCUAGUGUGAGAGGGAGAGCCUGAUAUUUCGAGAUUAUAUUAGUAUAGUAGGUGUUCAGCAUGAAAUUCUAACCUGUGGUCUACAACCUUUUUAGAUUCAAGGCACCCCUCAGAAAAUACCAGCUCUUAGCUUUCACUCAUUUUAAGAGUACUAAAAAAUAAUACAACACGCAGACAUGAAAAGGCAGGAUGUGUAUGACACCAUUGUUUCCUAUUUGUCUUGUAAAUCAUUUGUAGAGGUUUUCACACCUAAUAGCAAGAAUAUUGUGCUGCACCCUCAAAAGGAUCUCAUGGCACCUUUCUUGGGAUUUACUAGUAUAUGCACUUUCAGCUGGAGUUGUGAGAACUUCACAAGUAGAGAAAUCUAGUUGCAAAUGCCUUUUACACUGGGUUCCCAGAAUCAGGAAGCACAUACGUUAUCAGAUGCAUAUGCUGCGGUGGGUCUUGCAUCAUGUUGCCACAACAUUCCUAAGGCAGGAUGAUCCAAGUCUUGAGGGAACAGUCAGCUUAACCAUGACUUAACAAACUUAACCAUGAUAUUUAAUUUUCUUUCUGCGGUCACAUGAUGUUUUCUCUACCCUAUAAGCAGGGCUGUCCCUGGGGUGGGGUGAAUUAGGGUUAGUGCCCUGGGCCCUACACUUUGGGGGGGGGGCCCUGUGGUCAGCGCCACAUACACCCUGCCAUGGCCGCCACGCACUGCCGUCAAAUGCUGCUGGCUCCGGCCGCUCACCUCCCCUCCCCCCAGGCCCCACACAAUCCUAGGGACUGCGUUGCCCAUCAGGCAAAAUCCUCUUUUACUAUCCUCUUUUACCCCAACUUGUUCUCAGAACCCAGUUCAUUUUGGACUGAAUAAAGCAGAGGUCUGAGCAAAUAAUGUGUACACUCACAUUAAGAUAAUUAUCAUGCAUAUGUACUAGAGUGUCAUACAGGCAACCCCCACAUCAUGCUCUUAAUUGGUUCCUGAAAAACUGAGCGUUAAGCAAAACUGAAAGUUUCUGAUGAUCCAAGAUGGCAACCGCAAGUGUUUUUAAUGACCCAAGAUGGUGACCAUAAACAUUAUAAUGAAGCUCGCUGAGUGCUAAGUGGAAAAGUAAAGUGAGCAAAAUGCUGGCUUGCAUCCACAGAUGCUUCUCAAGCAGAUCCCAGGAUGUCAUUCUCCCCUUGUACUCAGCCUUGGUGAGGCUGCAGCUGGAGUACUGCGUCCAGUUUUGGGCUCCACAAUUCAAAAAGGAUAUGGAGAAGCUUGAGAGAGUGCAGAGGAGAGCUACGCGCAUGAUCAGAGGUCAGGAAAACAGACUGUAUGAUGAGAGGCUGAGAGCCACGGGACUCUUCAGCUUGGAAAAGCGCAGGCUUAGGUGAUCUGGUGGCCACCUACAAGUUUAUCAGGGGUGCUCACCAGGAUCUGGGGGAAUGUUUGUUCACCAGAGUGCCCCAAGGGAUGACAAGAUGGAAUGGUCAUAAACUCCUCCAUGAUCACUUCAGGCUGGACAUAAGGAAGAACUUCUUUACUGUCCGAGCCCCCAAGGUCUGGAAUAGACUGCCACCAGAGGUGGUUCAAGCACCUACACUGAACACCUUCAAGAGACAUGUGGAUGUUUAUCUUGCUGGGAUCCUAUGAUCCCUGCUGAUUUCCUGCCCCUGGGGCAGAGGGCUAGAUCCGAUGAUCCUCCGGGGUCCCUUCCAGCCCUAGGGUCUACGAAGUCUAUGAAUCAGGUAUCAAUUUAAAAUGAGUGUUAUAGCAAAAUAAUGCUAAGCAGAACAGUGUUAAGUAGGGGUUUCCUGUUUUAUUCACAGUCUAAUGUUUGCAUUUUCUGAUUUUUGAAUUUGAUUGCAACUUCAUGAGAGAGAAAUUCCAUUAAGUCCUACCAUAAUGCACAUCAGCGUCGGAGUUUAGGAGCACAGACCCACACAACAGGCCUCUGGUAUCUGAAGGCUAAAGUACUUGGUUAAUAUAGUAAGCAGAUUAUGUAGAGGAAUCACUGGAGGGAAUGACACACUGCUCCAGUGGGUUUCUGAGCUAUUCUGCAACAGUAGAUGAGUGCACUCAGGAUCCUUAGUUCAAUUACGAGUUUCAGUUUUUUCCCAUCCCAAAGCUUUGCAUCUCAUUUCUCCCCACAUUCCCCUCCCGGAACUCUUCCCUGCUCCCGUGCUUUCCUCAUUCUGCUCUUGUUCUCUUUGCCUCUUCUGUUUUUCACACCGUUUAGCUCCUCCAACUCUUCCAGUUUCCAUUUUAGGUUAGGCAAGUUCCUCCCAUCUGCCUACACACCAGUGUGGGUGUGAUGACAACAGAACCAGUCUCCCUUUUGUUCUGGUGCCGACCACGGUGGUGCCACGUAGCACAUGCAGGGGAUUGUCCUGUUCAGCCCAGUCUCAGAUAGGAGCUGUAAGAUGAGGCACAUUUACUGCAGAUGGAUUUUUUUUUGGAGAAUACAGCUUCCAAGCUAACAUGUGCUCAAAGAUUAUUUUGGUUUUGUUUUGUUAAUUGUGUUGGCUUUUUUGCCCAAAGGGUCAUAAUUUACCAAGUUUGGGGCAGAUGUUUAUGGGAAAUGACACAUCUCUGAUAUGAGACCAGACCUCAUCCAAAUGUUAAGGCUCUGCUUUGAAGCACAGGGGCAUAGAGCUUCAACCUUCCCCCUCCCAAAAAGUAUCAGUUCAUCAAAAUGGACAAAGCAGUAUUGUUCUCUUUGAUCCUUCUCUUGAAACAACUGAAACAUUUGUGCUCACUGUCCAAAAAACAUUAGCCUAAGACAUCCACAUGAAAAAUUGUAGACUAAGUGGCUAAUUCUACAACUGAAAAUAGUUUAGAUUGCAGACUGGAUGUAUGUGGGAUGCUGGUAAUAUCUCUCAUCUUUUCAUCAGCAGAUUUUAAAAGAGCUUUGCAAGAGAUCACUGUCAUGCCCCUUUUAUAGACAGCAAAAUAAUGACCAGCUUGUCACCCAGCAAGCUAGUGCCAAAGUCAAUAGAAGCCAGGCCUGUUCCAGUACAUAACAGUACCUUUUAUCCAGUUACAUGUUGGAAAACUAAUCAAAAGGACAUUUUCUUAUUGUAGGAAUCUGAAGAAUAGGGGCCAUAUUUGAGGCAAUCAUCAUGUUUAGUAAGAUACUAAAGCACCUUUUCAAUUUGGCUGUCCCACAUCUGGGCCUCAGACCAGUAUCCCAGCUGCUGGUGGCACAAACUCUAAUGAAGCUUCGCUAUCACUCAUCCAAAUUGCAGCCUCAACCCAGUUUUUCAACUUUUGGUCAUCCCAUGCUUCAGGGGCUCCCAGCUCCUCAGCCUUUUCUCUAAAAGGGAGUGGUAUGUAUUAGUGAGACUGGACAUCCAUCAAAGGAACCUUGGAGUAGAACUAACUUAGUUGCUGGGGAGAAAGAAUCAGAAAGAGCCCAGAUGCUAAGUCAGCUCCCAUAAAACAUCACUUAUUCCACUCUACCUCUCACCACUGUGGAAGAGAAUCAAUCUCUCAUUGCCUCACCUAACUGGUACAAGCUUCUCUGAACCUUUUUGGAUAGGGUAGGAUAUAAAUAAUAAUCUGGAAUGUGUUGUGUAAUACAGUACAGAUGAGCUAUGAGUGAAACAAACAGAAUCCUUGUUAAAGACCUCUGAAUAUACUUGUGCAAUAGCACUGAAUUUGCUGCUGCUAUUGUUCUGAAAGGUAAAUGCUCUUUUAUACUUUAUUUUUCCAUUGUUCUCCAAGCUGGUUCAUAUUUGUUUUAUUUAGUACCUUGAUGAAGCCUUGAGGUCGUCUUCCUUGUUUUGCUUAAAUUUUGACCAAGGGUUGUUCCUUUACUACUUCGCUUUAUGAAAAUUAUGGGAUCCUGGAUGACCGCUACAGUUGUGGAAAUAAUAAACAAAGUCUAUUUUGUGA